CAGGUUUCUUCAAGUUACUCAUUUCACUUGAUGUGACCGCUCCAGCAUCGACGCAAUAGAUGCAAUGGCGACGUCGGAAACUCAGAGCACUUAGAGUCUUCCUAAGGCUCUGUGGACUUAUACAAAUGACAUAUAUUAUAGAAUUCGACUCUGGUUUACGCUCUAUGGCUUUGAAUCCAUAUUCCUUCACUUCUUCGCUUGUUCCCAGGUAUGGUGCAUGACGCACAGGCUUGUUAAAUGUCCGAAGCCAGAUUUGUUUAAAGUUUUCCGGGAAUCGGAAAUUGCCGCCUGCAAUGCUGCGGCGGUCGCAGGAACACUCAUCGCUACUAUCGCGAUAACAUCUAUGUCGCUACCUUCUGUUGGCCAGGUUCAUUGGAUCGUUCGCGGUCUGUGGCUCUUGAGCUUGGCAACUGGUCUCAUAUCCGCUCUGUGUGCAUGCAACCUGCAGGCUACAAUCAGCAGAAACCUAAGCUGGGACCAGCUCCUAGGAUGGUUAAACGAUGAACGUGAGAAGACUGGGUGGAAGGACGUGAGAGGCCCCACGGGUAAGGACUCCAAGCGGGGAGGGGUUUUCUAUGUUCCCGUCUCUUCUGCUGUCCUUCUUAUCUCAGCCCCGAGGGCCCUUAUUCACUAUGCUUUAACGGCCUACCUCAUUGGACUUGGCAUAUACCUCGGGAUUAUCUGGAGAGAUCAGCUAAAUACUGAAGUAGUUAUGGGCGAGAACCGAAAUGUUUUUAUAUGCUUCUUGAUUUCUGCCUUGGUAUUUUACCCUCUAUAUUGGCUAUCCGGGCUUAGUAACAAAUGCAAGAACCGUGCCUAUAAGGCUGAAUGGGAAAAUCUCACGAGAGCUGCGAAAGUGGGUAAGCUAGUAGAGACAAGGCUGGAUCGACAGAGCUGCAGCGAGGGGGAGGCCUAGGUAUUAUUUGCAGGCGAUAUAAGUCAAAUCCUCUACUAAAAUAGAGUUGCAGGGUCAACAAAUUGCGCCCUCUAGACCUUACUCAAGAAUAGACUAGAAAUGCGCUGCAUUUCCACUUCUGCACCAAUCAGAAUCUCCAUAUCCUUACCCCAGAUCUCUCCUCUGGAAAUGCGGCGCAUUGGAAAAAUUGGCGUUAACAUGCUGCCAUAGGUAGCAAUUCGUUAUUAGUUUGGUUUCCCG